AAUUUACACUUUACUUUCGUUCGGAAAUAAAGACGUGUUAGCUUAGAUUUUCCUUCUCUGACAAGGCAGCAUCAUAAAAUAGAAGAAGAAAAAUUGUCUAUCUCUAUUUGGUGUUAUAUUUUUGUCUUAUAUUUGAAAUUAGUUAUAAAUAUGAACCUAAAUAAACCAGAUUUGGAGGGUACAGCUCAUUUAUUAGAUGAACUCGAUAAAAAAUUAAUGGUGUUACUUAGAGAUGGAAGAACGUUAAUAGGAUACUUAAGAAGUGUAGAUCAAUUUGCGAAUUUAGUUUUACAUCAAACUAUCGAACGUAUACACGUUGGAACUGAAUAUGGUGAUAUUCCGAGAGGUGUUUUCAUUGUAAGAGGAGAAAAUGUAGUUUUAUUAGGAGAAAUAGACGCGGAAAAAGAGGGAGAAUUGCCGUUAACUGAAGUUUCCGUGGAUAAUAUAUUAGAUGCUCAAAGGAAAGAGCAAGAAUUGAAACAGGAAAAACAGAAAUUGUUAUCGCAGGCUUUAAAAGAGAGAGGGUUACGUCUAAUGCAAGAACUAACUCAUGACGAUAUGUUCUAAUCAUAUUUUAUCGAUACUUUGUUUUUAAUUUUAUUAUGUAUUAUAAGGAAAUUCGUGAUCAUAAUUUUUUUUAUUCGCAUUAUACACUCUAAGGCUUAGGAACCAUCCUAAUAAUCUGAAAAGGAACUUAAUGAUACCAUCCCACCAGUGGAAGCUGAGAAGACAUUAUACUUGUGAUUUCUUAAUAGAUUUUAGAACUGUUGGACUAUGUAAAAUUGUAAAUAAAAGGAAAUAGUAACAACAAA